UGGCCGUGACGCGCGGCCCAGGGGAAGACCACAUAGAUGUCACCAGAAUGCUACGACUAUCGAGGUUUCAUACCCGACAACUUGUGUAUGGAAAUCACUUCGCGAAGCUCGCUUUUUGAGAGAAACUUACUUUUUUAAGAGACACGGUGAAUGCGGUGAAAGCGGUGGAGACCUCCGGAUCACGAAAUGUUGGGAUGGAAGGCGCAGACUUUGACUCGCCGUCUCCAACAGGAGUAUGAAGCCCUACUUCACGGGUGUGAGAUCUCCGAGAGUGAAACUCUGUUCUCUUGGGAUAUCGCUACACGCUUUCGGGGAAAUACUAUAAAGUGGGAAACCUUAUCGCUGUCCCCGCAACAUGGCCUCGGCUGGUAAUGCGCCCUCCGAGCAGGAAAACAGAGACCCCGAUCGGCCGAGGAUAACGCGGAGGAACAGGGGGGACUAUACCCGCAACACACCGCUGGAUUUGGAGUAUUUGCAGCGGCCGAGUUACUGCGAUGCGGGCUUUGCUCUGGAGCAGAUUUCAGAGGGGAAGGCAACUGGGAGGAAAGCACCUCUGUGGCUGAGAGCGAAGUUCCAGAGACUUUUAUUUAGGCUGGGCUGUUACAUUCAAAAGAACUGCGGAAAGUUUUUGGUUGUUGGCCUCAUGAUUUUUGGAGCUUUUGCUGUGGGCUUACGGGCAGCUAAUUUGGAAACGGAUGUGGAGAAACUCUGGGUGGAAGUUGGCGGGCGUGUGAACCAGGAACUCAAGUAUACAAGACAGAAGAUAGGCGAGGAGGCCAUGUUUAACCCUCAGCUGAUGAUCCAGACGCCGCGGGAGGAGGGAGCCAAUGUUCUAACUGUGGAGGCGCUCCUGCAGCACCUGGAGUCAGCUAUCCGAGCCAGCAGAGUUCAUGUUUACCUUUAUAGCAGACAAUGGAAAUUAGAAGACUUAUGCUACAAAUCAGGGGAAGUAGUCACAGAAACACAUCACCUGAAUCAGAUCAUAGAAAGGCUACAUCCCUGCCUCAUCAUCACACCUUUGGACUGCUUCUGGGAGGGGGCUAAGCUCCAGCCUGGAACAGGCUAUCUCCCAGGCAAAGGACUUGUGCAGUGGACCAAUUUUGACCCUAAGGAAUUCCUUGAGGAGUUGCCACAGCAAAACCACGUGGAAAUCUUUGAGGAGAUGUUAGAAAAAGCGGACAUUGGGCACGGCUACAUGGAUAGACCCUGCCUGAACCCAGCCGAUCCUGACUGCCCCCGCACCGCGCCCAAUAAGAACUCGACUAAGCCAUUCGAUGUGGCACGGGCUCUGAGUGGAGGCUGCCAUGGUCUGGCCAGGAAGUACAUGCACUGGCAGGAGGAACUGAUUGUUGGAGGGACCACCAAGAAUGGCAGCGGACCCUUGCUCAGUGCCCAGGCCUUGCAGACCAUGUUCCAGCUGAUGACUCCCAAGCAGAUGUUUGAGCACUUUCGGGGCUACGAUGAGGUUUCCCACAUCAACUGGAAUGAAGAAAAGGCUGCAGCUAUACUUGAAGCCUGGCAGAGGCGGUACUCUGAGGCGGUGCAGCACAGCGUGUCAGCAAACUCGUCUCAGAAGGUCUUAUCUUUCACAACCACCACUCUGGAAGAUAUUCUCAAGUCUUUUUCGGACAUAAGUGUUAUCCGCGUGGCCAGUGGGUACCUUCUGAUGCUGGCCUAUGCAUGCCUGACCAUGCUGCGAUGGGACUGUGCCAAGUCUCAGGGGGCUGUGGGGCUGGCAGGUGUCCUCCUGGUGACGUUGUCAGUGGCAGCUGGUUUGGGCCUCUGCUCCCUCCUGGGCAUUUCCUUCAAUGCUGCCACUACGCAGGUGCUUCCCUUUUUGGCUCUGGGAGUUGGAGUAGAUGAUGUGUUUCUCCUCGCCCAUGCCUUCAGUGAGACUGGGCAAAACAAGAGGAUCCCAUUCGAGGAUCGCACGGGGGAGUGUCUGAAGAGGACAGGGGCCAGUGUGGCUCUUACCUCCAUCAGCAAUGUCACAGCAUUCUUCAUGGCAGCGCUCAUCCCCAUCCCAGCGCUCAGAGCCUUUUCUCUACAGGCUGCAGUGGUGGUGGUGUUUAACUUUGCCAUGGUGCUGCUCAUCUUUCCUGCCAUCCUCAGCAUGGAUCUCUAUCGGCGAGAGGACAGGCGUUUUGACAUUUUCUGCUGCUUCUACAGCCCUUGUUCCAAUCGUGUGAUUCAGAUGGAGCCACAGGCAUACCUGGAUGGGACAGAAGGGAGUCGCUACAGCCCUUCCCCGUCAUAUCGAACCCCUCCUCCCUCAUAUCACAUGCCUCCCCCAAGCUACAGCAGUCCCCCUCCUUCCUACAGUAGCCAUGGUUUUGCUCAGCAGACCCAAAUCACUAUGCAGUCCACAGUGCAGCUCAGGACUGAGUACGACCCCCGAACUCAGGCCUUCUACACCACAGCUGAGCCCAGAUCCCAAAUCUCUGUGCAGCCCAUCAACCCAGCUCCAGCUAGGACCAACCGUAACAACGAGUAUUACAGUAGCAGCAAUCACGCCAACAUCAGCAACAACAACAACAGUGGGGGCCUGAAUAAUGGGGGGUCUCGAGGUUCUGCCAGCUUCUCCCAUCAUCAUCAUCCCGCACCUCCUCCUGCUGCAUCGACCCCAAGUGCUAGCUCAGUUGCUCAGGGUGAUGGAGCCUCAUCGACUGGCCAGAGUCCAGAGAACAACAGCUCUACACGGGACCUGUUGUCCCAGAUUGGAGAAGCCUCGCUGGGCCUACGCUGCCUCGAGCCCCCCUGCUCGCGCUGGACCCUGGCCUCUUUUGCUGAGAAGCACUAUGCGCCAUUCCUUCUGCAGCCCACCACCAAGGUGGUUGUGAUUGUGCUGUUCCUCUGCCUGCUGGGAGUCAGUUUAUACGGGACCACCCAAGUGAGGGACGGCCUGGAGCUGACAGAUAUUGUACCAAGGGAGACAAGCGAGUACGACUUUCUCGGCGCCCAGUUCAAGUUCUUCUCCUUCUACAACAUGUAUGUGGUAACACAGCGCGCCGAUUAUGCCCAAAACCAGCCACUGCUUCAUCAGCUCCACCAGAGGUUCCACACCAUUCGCUACGUGCUGAAGGAGGAAAAUGGACAGCUGCCUCGCAUGUGGCUUCAUUACUUCAGGGACUGGCUGCAAGGUCUCCAGCAGGCUUUUGACAAGGACUGGGAGGCUGGCCGCAUCACCCACAACAAUUAUAGGAAUGGCUCUGAUGAUGGCGUCCUAGCAUAUAAACUCUUGGUGCAGACAGGGCGCAGGGACAAGCCCAUCAACUUCAACCUGCUGACUCGCCAGAGGCUUGUGGAUGCAGAUGGGAUCAUCAAUCCCGGAGCUUUUUACAUCUACCUAACAGCUUGGGUCAGCAAUGAUCCUGUGGCCUAUGCUGCCUCACAAGCUAACAUUCGUCCACACCCUCCCGAGUGGCUCCACGACCCUACCGACUCCAUGCCCGAGACACGCCUCAGCAUCCCGGCUGCUGAGCCCAUCGAAUACGCACAGUUCCCCUUCUACCUCAACGGGCUCCGGGAGACGCCGCAGUUUGUGGAAGCCAUCGAGAGCGUACGGGCCAUCUGCAGCAACUACAGCCGACAAGGCUUGCCCUCCUACCCCAACGGCUACCCUUUCCUGUUCUGGGAACAGUAUGUUAGUCUACGCCACUGGCUUCUGCUGUCCAUCAGUGUGGUGCUCGCCUGCACCUUUCUCGUCUGUGCCCUUUUUCUGCUCAACCCUUGGACCGCUGGCAUUAUAGUGUUGGUGCUUUCUCUCAUGACUGUGGAGCUGUUUGGCUUCAUGGGGCUGAUGGGAAUUAAGCUGAGUGCCGUCCCUGUUGUCAUUCUCAUCGCCUCUGUGGGCAUUGGAGUGGAAUUUACUGUCCAUGUGGCCCUGGCAUUCCUGACAGCCAUAGGGGAUCGUCACAAGCGGGCAGUGCUGGCACUCGAGCACAUGUUUGCGCCGGUGCUCGACGGCGCCUUUUCCACGUUUUUAGGCGUCCUGAUGCUCGCAGGCUCUGAGUUUGACUUUAUUGUCAGGUACUUCUUUGCAGUGUUAGCCAUCCUAACAGUUCUUGGGGUACUGAAUGGAUUAGUCCUGCUCCCAGUAUUACUAUCAUACUUUGGACCUUAUCCAGAGGUAUCACCAGUUGAUGGUCGCAGCCGGUUACCAACUCCAUCUCCAGAGGCUCCUCCUCAUGUGGUCCACUUCUCAGUCCGUCCUCACCACACCACUGCAGCCACCACCACCUCUGGUGCAGUUUCAGACUCAUCAGACUCAGAGUACAGCUCAAACACCACAGCAUCUGGUAUCAGCCAGGAGCUGCAAAAUUCUAACCUGCACUCACACAGAGGACAAGCUCGAGCAGACGAGCAGCAGUACCACCUCCAGAUCAGCAGGGGAAGAGCCAGGACAGAGGAGAUGAGGAGGGGAGCAUCAGGACAUCGGCGCUCAGCUAGACAGCCUGACCCUCCAGCCUAUACUGUGUCCUCGGGUUGUGAUCCUGGGACGCAGAAUGGAACUACUCCAAACAGCAGCAGGGACCCCAAGAGCCAGGUGCACUGGCAGGGCCCGCCCCCAGCCCUGCCGCGCAUGGACGCUUUUGAAACUGCUACUGAGGCUGGGGGCCAUUAUGGCUCGCAUAGCCAUAGAGAACACUCAGCAGGCCACAGAAGCCGCUCUUCCCACAACCCACAACCUAGUCAUCACCUCCCGCACCAACACCUCAACCCUACUCCAUAUGGCCAACCCAUCACCACGGUGACAGCAUCGGCCUCAGUCACCGUCGCCGUUCACCCACCCCCCUUGUCCAGCCAGAGCCCUGCUUCCACUUACCCAGGAUACACUGCAGCAGACAGUUACUGCCCAUCAGGGACAGAGGGGCCAGAGCCUGCCUUCCAGGACCCACAUGUGCCUCUCUACACCCACACAGGGACCAGGGGAGUCAAAGUAGAGUCCAUGGAGCUCCAAGAUUUGGAGUUUGAGGCAGCUGAGAGCAACAAUGGCAGACGGGCUAGCUGAGGUCUGGAGAAUAGAAGUACUAUGGCCAAAGAUGGACUCUUCGGUAUUACUGAGCAGCUGACCCAGUCUGGCCCAACCCAGCCCAGCAUAGCCCAAGUCGGCUCACCACCAAUGCUAAGCAGCGAGAAACUUGCCAGUGUUCCUAUAAUGGUGCUCAUUCUUACUGUAACCCAGUGGACUAUUGUCUUAGAUAUUUCUAUCUAUAUUUAAAAGAUGUAUACAUAUGUAAAUAUGAACAUAAAGUAGGUAUAAUUUUAGGAGCUGUACAACUCCUCAUGUUAACAAACUGGGGCUGCCAUAUUAUUUGUGGUGUGUACAUGCAUGUGUGUUUAUGUUGGUGUGUGUGUGUGUGUGUGUGUGUGUGUGUGUGUGUGUGUGUGUGUGUGUGUGUGUGUGUGUGUUUGUGUGCGUGCACGAGAUAGAUAGAUCUCUGAUUACUGUCGACCUAUCUGUGGAUCUGUGCCAUUAGAAAACUUCAUUUUGGCAAAAAUCAUCUGUCAGCAUUCACUGUUGCUGCUGAGAAUAUUUUUUAAGUGAUAUACAUUUAUAACUCUAUGCAAAUCUCUCUUUAAACAAAAGAAGUGAUCUAUCUGUCUGUGUGUGUGUGUGUGUAGGUUUGUGUGUGUGUAAUAGGAGUGUGUAGGGCUGUAUAAUGUGAAACAGCGUCAUAAUUUUCAGAUACAUCGUCAGAACUGACUAACAUUUAAACUCAUUUAAAACAUGAGGGAAAGUGUUAGAAUGAUCAAACAAAGCUA